UGUUUGGUUGUCAAGGUGACUUGUCUAAUUUCUCAAUUUUUUUUACCCCUUUCCAUCAAUUGGUUGUAAAGUAGAGUUAAUUCUGGCCAUGUGAGUUUUCCAAAGUUUAACCGGUUCCAAGUCCAAUUAAAAGAAAAAUGUUAAGCACCCACAUUGACCAACAACUUAGCGGUGAUUAAAAAGUGAAAAUUUAUCUUAGAAACUUGAUAUAAAUUUUAUACUCCUACUAAUUUAAGCUGCCCAGACUUUUUUGAGACCUUCUUAUUCUUUUUGUCCUAUUGAUUGAUUUUGCGAAAAAAAGGAUGACGUGUCAAAUCUUUGCUUGCAUGCAAGGCUUUCUCCUCUAUUAGUCCAAUAGGAUAUAAAGACUUAAAAAUCACCAAAAGGCAAAAGCACUAAUACCACCAAGAAUUCAAGAUUUUCAAGAACUCUGUUUCUGCUCACUCUCUAAUUGGUUGGUUUCUGAAUAUAUAUAAACUCCCAAAAAAAAAACCGUAACAACCCAUUUUCUCCAUUUAGUUAGAGUUGAACUUAGUUUGUUUUAUUCUUUCGGCAAAUGGAGAAGCGGACUUAAAAGGGUUUCCUUUAGUCCUAUAUAUAGUGAGCAUCUGAGUUUUACUUCUGAAUACACAAUUCCCAUUACUGAUUUCUUGAAUUCUUUGAGCUUUCCCUUUUAGUCCGCCAUUAUUCUUUCAACAUUUCUUACUGAUCUUUCCUCUUCAAGAUUCUUUUUACGAACCCCAAAUGGAAGAAACACAAGAACAAAAGUAUAUGUGCAAGUUUUGUGAUAAGAGUUGCAAUAGUAGCAGGUCAUUGGGAGGUCACAUGCGUGGUCAUUUAGCUUUGAUUUCAGCUGCAAAGAAGCAGAAAGAUAGCAAAAUGGGUUCUGAAGAAGAAGAAGAAGUUGCAAAUCAUACCCUUGAAGAUUUCAGCAUUUCAGAUGGUAGCAUGAGUCAAGAAAAGGACAAUGAUAUCAACAUUAAUGAUGGUGAAGAUGUUGACUCAAUUGGUUAUGGUUUAAGAGAAAAUCCAAGAAAAUCUUGGAGGGUUUCUGAUUUAAAGCGUUGGUCUUUGAAAACGACAAAUCUCUGUAAAGAAUGUGGUAAAGAAUUUCCCUCCAUGAAAGCUCUUGCAGGUCACUUAAGGACUCAUUCAAAGAAAGGGACUGAAAAAAAUCAUAUUUGCGCGAAAUGUGGGAAAGGGUUUGCUUCAAUGAGGGCUCUUUUUGGUCACAUGAAAGUUCACUCGAAAAGAUCAAGGGUUGAAUUUGAUCAUCAAGAUUCUGAAUCGAAACAGAGCUUAUCGGAUUUCGAUACCGUUAUUUGCCCUAUUCGGAAGAAGAGAUCAAAGAUAAAAUACAAUGCAAACCCUUCUUUUUCUGGUUUGAAUGAAUCUUCUUCUGCAAUUAGUGAAGUUGAUGAAAUGCUAGAAGCUGCUAAGUGUUUGAUGAUGUUGGCAUCCGGUGUUAGGGACUGGGAUGAAUACAUUUCGAUUUCGGAGAAUACUAAAAGUGAAAAUGUCAUUCUUGAUAGUGAAACAUUUCACUGUGCUAAUGGAAUUUUUGAUGGUUAUGAAAAGACUUAUGAAAUUGAUGAAUUUUCAGACAGGUUGAUGUUGAUCAACGCUGAGAUCACAAAGGUCUGCUACUCUACUGAAGUGCAAUUUGAGAAUGAUCCAAGUACAUCAGUUGUGAUGGGGGAUUUUUCUUUUCUGAAUUCUUGUUCACUUAAGAAUGCAGGGGUUGAUUUUCAUCCAGAGACAAAUCUUUUAGUAUCUGAUAUGGUUAGUUCCCAGCUUGAAAGCAUUGAUGACAGUUCAGUUGAAUUGGGAACAAUUGGAAUAAUCAGGAAAAGUUCUGAGCCUAUCAAAAGUUCGAAGGAUCACAAAUGCCCAAUAUGCUUCAAGGUUUUUCCAUCAGGCCAAUCUUUGGGAGGGCACAAGAGGGCUCAUUACACUGGAUUCACUGAGAGCAGAACUAAAGAGACUAUGGUGAAAAAAUUGGAGGACCUUGCUGAUAAUCAUAAAUCUUUUGAUCUGAAUAAGCUUGUAAAUGAUGUGGUGGAUGGAGGGGAAAAAGAUGUUGAGCUCAAGCUUUGGUGGGUUGGAAGCGACGAUGCGCUGAUGAGAUAAAAUUGAGAUAAUUCAUGAUUCAUUCUUAGUUUCUGCUUAAGAGGUUUUAAAACUAGACAAUUCAUGAUUCUUUUUUUGUGUUUGAAUUUCAUCAUUGUAAAGAUAGUUUCUGAGUCUUGGAAUAGUUCAACAGUUCUGUAAUAACACAGGAAUGAUUUGAGUUUCCAGUUUGCUGCCUAAACCAUAAUGUGAAUGUGGCAUACAAAUUACAACGUUGCUGUUUACUUUCUGUUCAUGGCAUUCUUGCAUUGUACAUUUUCUCCCAGGUCACUUUACAUUCUGUGGCUACUGUGCUGUCUAGAGUUGGAUUUA